GUUCAAAAUUCUUUUCUCCUGCUACCAACUUAAUCUAACAGGGGGACAGGAUUUUCCCCUUUGCUUUCCAUCAGUUUAAUAUCAAUGACGCUUUCCAUCCUGCUCUAUUGUCAACCGUAUGACAGCAUUAAAUCAUUUUUAUUAAUAUAUUUGUCCUUUCCAGUUCUAGGAAUGGGCAUAGAAAUAGACUACCUGGAACAAUUUGGUACAUCCUCAUUUAAAGAGUCUGCUUUGAGGAAGCAAUCAUUGUAUUUGAAGUUUGACCCUCUGCUGAGAGACAGCCCCAAAAAGCUGGCUCUGGGUACUAAUGAAACAAUAAGCACAUGUGUAAUCAAUGCACCAUUUCAAAGUGGUCCUCUUUCUGACUUCAGUAGACUGCCUUUGGAAACUCCAAAGUCUGCAGUGAAAUCUCUUCAAAACGAAGAAAAGCCUAAAGGACUGGAUCUUCUGGGAACUUUCCCAGCUCCAGAUGCAGUUCCUCUAAUUCCAGAUAUCUCAACCAGUAACGCUUCACCACUGUCUCCUUUUUCUGUGCCAAUCAACACUGCGGUUGACGCUAUUAUCGAAGUGCUGAAAUAUAGCCAAAAAGAUAUGGAUGCAGCUGUUGAAACGGUUAAACUAGAGGUUCAAGAAAAGCAGAUGGAAAUUUUAGAAUGGAAAAAGAAAUAUGACAGGCUUUAUAUGGAAUACCUGGAAAUGGGAAAAAUUGUUGCAGAGUUUGAAGGUACAAUAACCCAAAUGAUGGAGGAUGCCCAAAAACAGAAGGAGCUUUCAAAAAAAGAAAACCAGAAGAUGCUGGAGGAGAAACAGCAAGUUCUGUCAGAUCUGAACUCCAUGGAGAAGUCUUUCUCUGAACUCUUCAAACGAUUUGAAAAGCAGAAGGAGGUUUUAGAAGGCUAUCGCAAAAAUGAAGAGGCUUUGAAAAAAUGUGCUGAGGAUUAUCUUGCAAGGAUUAAGAAGGAAGAGCAGAGAUAUCAAGCACUGAAGGCACAUGCUGAAGAAAAACUGCAUCAAGCAAAUGAAGAGAUUGCCCAGGUACGGAGCAAAGCCAAGACGGAGUCUGUAGCACUGCAAGCUACUUUGCGAAAAGAACAAAUGAGGGUACAGUCUCUAGAAAGAAGCCUUGAACAAAAGGCAAAAGAAAAUGAUGAACUAACAAAAAUCUGUGACGACUUGAUUUUAAAGAUGGAAAAAAUCUAAUAUUUGGACUGUUGUACAUAUGUUCACUCUCAGAUUCAUUCUGUCCUCUUUUCUGUGUGUGUUCAAUAACUUUUUAAUUGUGUAUGUUUGAAAGUAAUAACAAGUAAUAAAAAGUAAUAGAUUUCACUGGCACUUGUUCCUUCCCAUAAUGUUGGCUGUAUAUUGGCUAUGAAUGUGGAGUGUCUGCCUAAUUUAGAAACUCACUAGAAUGAGUAGGUUCACCAUGUCUAUGAAAAGUCAUUGAAUAAAUGAGCAAGUGUAAGUUUCACUCAAAUUUUUGUAAAUAAAAAAAUAAAUUUGGACACUC